GGAUGGCGGUGCGUCCACUCUUGUGAUAUAUCUUUUAAACCGAAAGGUUCAGGGGCUUUAACACAGACACUUCUAAUUCAGUCAGUCUUCAGUAGGACAGGAUGGAGUUUUGUCCACUCUGUGUGAUGCUCUUGCUGAUUGGACUCCACUGCAUACUCACAGAUGGAGCUCCAUGUGGUGGAUAUCUGACUACGCCACGAGGGGAAUUUUUCAGCCCAAAUUAUCCCAAUGACUAUAAUAAUAAUGCACUCUGCACAUGGACCCUGCAAGCUAGAGAACGGGAGGUGGUUUUGCUGGACUUCAGUUUUGUUAAUUUGGAGUUAUGCUGUGAUCAUAUCCAAGUGUAUGAUGGUCAGAGUGCUCAGUAUCCACUUAUGGGUUCUGUGACUGGGCAGGAUCAGAGACCUUCAUUUAUCUCCAGGAGCAGAUACAUGACUGUCGUUUUCACCACUGACAGCAGUGCGACAAGACAAGGAUUUAGGGCUGAAUGGGCUUCCAAAAUGCUGAUGGGACUCAUCCCCUGCAACACAGCAGUGUCUGCUGGACCCUGGUCUACAAAUGAAACAGUGUCUACUGAACCUACGUCUACACAAGUAACAAGUACUGCUAUAUUUCAACAGCAUGCACAAACGUCUACUGACUCUAUGCCUACGACUGAAAUAACGUCUACUGACUCUAUGCCUACGACUGUAACAAUGAUUACUCAACAUCAGUCUACCCCUGUACCAGUCAGACCGAAUCUUACAUCAAGCCAUGAAGAAGAUGUACUGUCAGGAAACUCAGUGACUCUGACCUGUACACUGAAUCUGCAGUCUGAUGGAUGGACAUUUUACUGGACCACACCCUCACAGAGCACUGCGACUGAGACUCCAGGAUAUUACUCCACCUCUUCAUACUACGACUACUACUACCCUUACUACUCCCACUACUACUACCACUACUACUCCCACUAUACCAUCAGCUCAGUUAGUGUCUCUGAUGGAGGUCAGUACAGGUGCAGAGCUGGAAGAGGAUUCCCAGUCUACUACACUCAAUACAGUGAUGCACUCUGGGUAAAUGUUACUGUGAGUCCUAAACCUAUGGUGAUUAUAAGGCCUGAUAAACAGGUGUUCUGGGGAGAGAGAGUGACUUUCAAGUGUGACAUACAGAGAGGAGGAGAAACUGGGUGGACAUAUAGCUGGUAUAGAGACGGUCACACAUUCUACCCAUACAGCACAGCACAGGAGUUUACAGUCUCAGAUAAUUAUUACUACAGUGGUGAAUACACCUGCAGAGGGAGAAGAGACUCUCAGCUCUCACAGAUCAGUGAUCCUGUUACACUCUCUGUAUCAGACAGACCUAAACCUAAUCUUACAUCAAGCCAUGAAGGAGAUGCACUUUCAGGAAACUCAGUGACUCUGAACUGUACACUGACUCUGUCACCUGCUGGAUGGACAUUUUACUGGACCACACCCACAUCCACACCCACAUCCACAUCCACCUCCCACUAUAACAUCAGCUCGAUUAAUGUCUCUGAUGGAGGUCAGUACAGGUGCAAAGCUGGAAGAGGAGACCCAGUCUACUACACAGACUACAGUGAUGCACUCUGGGUAAAUGUUAUCGAGUCUCCCAAACCUGUGGUGAAUAUAACGCCUGAUACACAGGUGUUUAGAGAGGAGAGAGUGACUUUUAGAUGUAACAUAGAGGGAGGAGGAACCACUGAUUGGACAUAUGACUGGUAUAGAGACGGUCACACAUUCUCCCCAUACAGCACAGCACAGGAGUUUACAGUCUCAGUUUAUUAUUACUUCAGUGGUAAAUACACCUGCAGAGGGAGGAGAAGAGACUCUCAGCUCUCACAGAUCAGUGAUCCUGUUACACUCUCUGUAUCAGACAGACCUAAACCUGAUCUCACAUCAAGCCAUGAAGGAGAUGCACUUUCAGGAAACUCAGUGACUCUGACCUGUACACUGAAUGUGCAGUCUGAUGGAUGGACGAUUUACUGGACCACACCCACACAGAGCACUGUUAAUGUGACUGCAGGAUAUAACUCCACCUAUUCAUACCACCACUACUACUCCCACUAUAACAUCAGCUCAGUUAUGGUCUCUGAUGGAGGUCAGUACAGGUGCAGAGCUGGAAGAGGAACCCCAGUCUACUACACUCUGGACAGUGAUGAUCUCCCACUAAGAGUUAUUGAGUCACCCAAACCUGUGGUGUAUAUAACGCCUGAUACACAGGUGUUUAGAGAGGAGAGAGUGACUUUUAGAUGUAACAUAGAGGGAGGAGGAACCACUGAUUGGACAUAUGACUGGUAUAGAGACGGUGGCACAUUCUACUCAUACAGCACAGCACAGGAGUUUACAGAUAAUUAUUACUCCAGUGGUAACUACACCUGCAGAGGGAGGAGGAGAGACUCUCAGCUCUCACAGAUCAGUGAUCCUGUUACACUCUCUGUAUCAGACAAACCGAAACCUAAUCUCACAUCAAGCCAUAAAGGAGAUGCACUGACAUUAAACUCAGUGACUCUGACCUGUACACUGAAUCCGUCACCUGCUGGUUGGACGUUUUACUGGACCACACCCACACAGAACACUGCGACUGAGACUGCAGGAUAUUUCUCCACCUAUUCAUACUACCACUACUACUCCCACUAUAACAUUAGAUCAGUUAAUGUCUCUGAUGGAGGUCAGUACAGGUGCAGAGCUGGAAGAGGAGACCCAGUCUACUACACACACUACAGUGAUGCACUCUGGGUGAAUGUUAUUGAGUCUCCGAAACCUGUGGUGAGUAUAACGCCUGAUACACAGGUGUUCAGAGAAGAGAGAGUGACUUUUAGGUGUAACAUAGAUGGAGGAGGAACUACUGAGUGGACAUAUGACUGGUAUAGAGACGGUGGCACAUUCUCCCCACACAGCACAGCACAGGAGUUUACAGUCACAGUUUAUUAUUACUCCAGUAGUAAAUACACCUGCAGAGGAAGGAGAAGAGACUCUCAGCUCUCACAGAUCAGUGAUCCUGUUACACUCUCUGUAUCAGAAAAUCCUAAACCUGUACUCACAUCAGACCUUAAAGGAGCUGCAGUGACAGGAAACGCAGUGAUUCUGACCUGUACACUAAAACUACCGUCUGCUGGAUGGAAGUUUUACUGGAUCACACCCACACAGAGCACCGAGACUAAGACUGAAACAUCUCACUACUUCAUCAACUCAGUUAGUGUCUCUGAUGGAGGUCAGUACAGGUGCAGAGCUGGAAGAGGAAACCCAGUCUGGCACACACAGUCUGAUGCACUCUGGUUUAAUGUGACUGAAAUGCAGAAGGAAAGGCAGUAUGCAGGUGAAUCUCCUCCAGUGUCUCUGAUCAUCAGUCCCAGCAGAACUCAACACUUUACUGCUGGCUCUCUCUCACUGAGCUGUGAGGAACAGAGAGACUCUACUGGAUGGACAGUGAGAGGAUACACAGGCAGUAAGACACUGUAUACAUGUUCAUCAGUUUCAGGAUCUACAUGUAACAUUUGCUCCCUCUCUACAUCACACACUGGAGUUUACUGGUGUCAGUCUGAAUCUGGAAGACGCAGUAAUUCUCUCAACAUCACAGUGCACAAUAGAAAUUUGAUCCUGAAAAGUCCUCCCAAUUCUGUAACUGAGGGAAAUCCUCUGACUUUGCGUUGUUUAUAUCGCAACAUGAAGAUCUCAGACUCUGGUUUUGAUUUCUAUAAAGAUGAUUCAGUUUUCCAAAGGCAGACUACAGGAGAGAUGACCAUCAGUAAUGUCUCAAAGUCAGAUGAAGGUUUCUACCACUGUACACACCCAGAGAGAGGAGAGUCACCGAAAAGCUGGGUUUCAGUCAGAGGUGAAGUUCUCUCACAUGGAAAACCUCCACAGUCAGUACUGAAGAUCCUCAGCAGUGUGGUAGCGGUCUCUCCAUAUGUGCUGGUGACCAUCAUUCUGGCAAUGAAAUGUUACAGAGCUCGAACUAAGUCUGAGGAGGAGAACAGACCAGACAGAGUGAUAGAAGCUGAAGUAUCCUUAUAAGUUUCGUGUUUUUACAUUAAUUACUUUUUUUUUUAAAUUUAUAAAUAAUCUACCUUUUUAAAUGUUAACAGCCACCGAGAGCACGCAACAGAGAGCACAUUGGUGUAUGUGUGGUUUCAGUAAUUGUUAGCUUAUGUCUUUUUUUGUUUUUGUUUUAAAAUUUUGGAAGAAAGCUUUAACCAAUGCAUUUUUAGUCCGAUUACAUAUUUGUAUUUCUAUUACUUGUAUUCAUUUAUUUUUACUUUUCGAGCUUUGUAUUUUAUUUUUAUUUAUUUAUUUUCUAUACUGCUUAUACUGUACUAUAAAAGGUUGUGGGAAGCCUGGAGCCUUUGUGCAUGAAGAGGGGUACACCCUAGACAGGGUGUCAGUCCAUCACAUUGCAGUAUUUUAUUUAACUCCAUAACUUUAUGAAUUUAUUAUACAUGCGUAUACUAUAGUUAGCAUUAACUCAGUUUUGAAUUAACCUAGGAAUAAAUAUGCAGCAGAUAAAAUUUCAAUAAAAUUUAUUGAAAUAUUUUAUAAUAACAAUAGGUUAAGGCUUAUUUUGUAAUGCAUUAUGUAGGUAACUCUUAUUUUGUAAUACAUCUUGGUA